UGUCGAGAAGAAGAAACAAACAACCUGACUUGGAAGUUCUGAAGGAAUUCACUCCGGGCGAUUUCUCCGCGACUUUUGCCACGAAAUUCCGACCAUAUUACAGGAGACGCCGUAACAUACUUCCAAAUUGAGAGAAAAUGUGUAAUGCACCAUUGAGAGGACAGUUAUAAAAUCAGCUGCCUAAAUGAAGUAAUCACAGGAGUUUGUUCCUACCUCUUCCUGACAAGAUGGAUGCCCAUAUGCUUCAAGGCCUGUGGGCUCCAGAGAGCCAUGAACAACAUACAAGGGCUCUCGAAUACCUACAGAAACUUCGUGAAAGUAAAGACGGAUGGCAGAUGUGUGGAGCAACACUUAAUACGGGCGGAACUCUCUUGGAUGAGAAAGUCAAGUUUGUUUGCCUUCAGGUGAUGGAACAUUUUGCUCGCACGGGAUAUAUAACCUCAUCAGUUGAAGAACAGCAAAUCUUUCGACAACAUCUCUCUCACUGGAUGUCAACCCUCUUUAUGUGUAAUGAACCUGAGAAAGUAUUCAUACUCAAUAAGACUGCUCAGAUUAUGGCUCUGGUUUUUGUUAUUGAUUACCCGUCACGAUGGCCUACCUUCAUGACUGAUCUCCUCUCAGUGCUGCAAAUGGGUCCUCCUGCUGUCAAUUUGUAUCUCAGAAUCCUGUUAGCUGUAGACACAGAGGUUGUUGAUCGAGAGGUGAUCCAUACACAGGUUGAAACUGACCGGAACACUCUUAUCAAGGAUGCUAUGAGAGAACAGUGUGUAUUGGACUUAACUAAUUCUUGGUACAAUAUUCUGGUGAAGUAUGAGAAAUCAAACCCAGAGUUAGUGUGUCAGUGCCAUGAAGUCAUUGGUGCCUACAUAGCGUGGAUCGACAUCUCCCUCAUUGCCAAUGACAGAUUUGUUUGUAAGCUCGUAGACCAUCUAAAGGAACCACUACUCAGAGAAGCUGCUGCAGACUGUAUCCAUGAAAUUAUCACUAAAGGCAUGGACCCCUUGACUAAAACUCAGCUAAUAGAAUCCUUUGUGACUGUUUUGGAUCAGGCUGGAGUGUUGAAGCCAGUUGAUGAUGAUGAUUCAGAUUUCCUUGUCAAACUUGCAAGACUGAUCAAUGGCAUUGGUGUACAGCUCAUUUUAUCAUGGCAAAAGUUAGAUAAAGCUGACAACGAAAAAAGAGAGAUGGUGCGAGCUGCUAUUGAAAAUAAAGUUACGCUACUUCUCACCUUCUUAGCAAGUGAUUAUGAUGACAUAUCAGCGGCUGUUUUCGAUUUUGCACGGGACUACAUUCAGCUUAUUAAACAGACUGGAAGUAUAUCAAAUGUUGAGCAAGGUUUAUUAGAAAACAUGUUGUUUGUUGUCAUCACAAAAACGAAAUACGACGAGUCUUACAAUUUUGAACAAGCUGGAGAAGAAGAAGCAAUGUUUGACGAAUAUCGAAAGAAGUUGAAGGUUGUCUUUGACAACCUGGCAGCAUUGGUACCAGAGCUUGUCUUGAAAGUGAGCAAGGACUAUGUAAUAACAACUCUAAGCAGGUGGCAAGCCUCAUCUUAUGAAGAUGUUGAAGCUGCCGUCUCCUUGUUUUAUAGUCUAGGGGAAGCUCUGCCUGCCUCUCAUGGGAACCACUUUUCAUUACCAAAUACUCUUAACGAUAUUAGUGAGCAGCAAGGGAGUAUAUGCAAGUUGAAAACUUCUGCAAUGCAAGAAAUGAUGCGCUUGCUUGUCACCUCUGGCGUGUCAAGUCAUAGCCAUCCGGCAGUGUCUCUUCAGUUCUUUGAGUGCGUGGCAAGAUACGAAAAGUUCUUCACUUGUGAACCAGAAUACAUUCCAAGUAUUUUAACAGCCUUUCUCGACUCACGUGGCAUGAGAAACAAAACCCCAAGAGUUCGAAGUAGAACAAGUUACCUGUUUUCUCGCAUCGUUCGCUGCCUUAAAAAUCACAUUAUCAAGUAUACCGAAGAUAUUCUUAGCCAGCUUACAGAACUCCUUGCUCUAGCUCCGCCAGAUAAUGGUCAAAUUGUGCCACUCUUGUCAAAUGAUGACCAAUUAUAUUUGUUUGAAGCUGCUGCAAUGCUGAUAGUCUUCGGAACUUCUGAUGGACCAAACAAGGAAAUAUUAAUGAGAAAUUUACUGUCCCCAGUUUUUACAAAAGUUACACUUCUUAUGGAAAAACUGCAACAAGAGCAAGAUCCAGUUAGACAGAUGGGUUAUGCCAAAGGCAUCUGUCAUGCCAUGUCUGUCACUGCACGUACAUCUAAGGCCUUCUCCAACCAAAACUCUAUGAGCGCUUGUGGCUGUGUACAGUUGUAUCUAGAUGCUCUGCAGCUUUUUAUUAAUUGCCUCAAUGUUGGUAUUGAAAGGGAACUUAUAGGCUCUGGUGUGCGACAGCUUAUGCACAGGCUUGUGGUUUGUUUAGACGGAGGAAAUCUACUUCCACUGCUGCCACCUGCCUCCCAAGCACUUUUGCACACACCUUCUUCAGUAGUGCUGACGGAAUAUCUGCCACUUAUUAAUCAAAUCAUUACAAAAUUCCAGAAUGAAAUAAGUGUAUUCCUCCAUAAUAUAUUUGUCCCUUUGGUAUCUGCUAUAUUUGCUGCCUUGUCUGAAGCAAUUGAAGACAAUGACGAAGAGGAAAAAAGGACACGAACAUUGUUACAAAGGAAUUACUACCUUUUUUUGACUACAAUAAUUUCCAACAACUUAAUAGAUGUGAUUGCUGCAUUGGAGUCCAAUAUCUUGCAUCAAGUGUUAAUGUCCAUAGUGCAAGGUGCAAUCGAGUUUCCUGAUCCUGUGGCCCAAAAGAACUGUUUUGUGAUUUUGCGGCGACUUACAGAAGCAUGGUGUGACAAGAACGACCAUCCUCCUGGUUUUAUCGAGUUCCUCUAUACACAGGUUGUGCCAGCAUGUUUUUUGGCUCCGUUAAAGACAACGUUUGACCUGAACGAUGCACAAACAAUACUUGCCCUCCAUGAGUCUGUGACUUGUUUGCAGUCUGUUUAUAAGAAGCGCGGGGAAGAACUGAUAACCUACCUGCAAUCAGAGUACCUUCCUAAGAUGGAUAUGUCACAAGAACUCAUUGAUGAAUAUUGCCAGGCUCUCACCUCAGAUGCAAAAUUUUUCCGAAACUAUAGUAAAUUAUUUUUCCAGAGAGCUAAAUCAUGAGGGUAAAUCACUUGCUCUAAUUAUAGAGAAUAUUGUUUUUUGUAUUUUGUUACAGCUGUUUUGCUUCUUUACCUGUGCCCUGUAAAGUGUAAUCUACUCAAAGAGAAAUGGGAAAAAUUAUCAGUGACAUCUCUAGUCAUAUAUGAAGUUGAGAUUAUUUAAUGACUUGUUGCUAAACGUUAGUUUUUUCCAUUUUUAUUGACAAGACACCACCAAAUAUAAAUAUUGUCAGAAUCAAUUUUAAACUGUAUGUUUCCAGUGACCAUAUAUUUUCUUCAUUUUACAUAAAUUGUUACUGACUUUUCA